AUGAGUAACCCUACAGUGAACUUCCUCUUACCUGAAGCAUCUACAAACUCCACAACUCAGUCUAUUGGGAUACUGGACAGUCUGAACAUUUGUGCGUACAGCAUAGGUUUUCUGUUUGGUCUUCCUUCACAGUUCUAUGUUCUAUGGCUCAUCAUCACAGGAACAGGAAAUGGAGUUGCACCAGAGUUCUUCAUCCUUAAUCUCUCUGUUUGUGAGAUUGGUAUCUGUCUAAAAUGUUUUGUAUAUACAUUAUCAUAUUGGUUUUUACAUCUCUCAACACUGAAACUAUUUUUUGUGGGACUUACCAUCACUGGUCGUCCUCUGUUUCAGUGUUUGAUGUGUGUUGAGCGUUACCUGGCAGUGGUUCAUCCUGUAACCUUUCUGAAGUACAAACCUCUCAGAUAUAGAGUGAUCUGCUGCACUGCUGCCUGGAUAAUUAUUAUUGGCUCCUGCUUGUGCUGUUUGUUUACUAUGGUCUCACAAAACAUUGUAUAUAUAUGGCUCUUGUCUAUGCAGUUCCUCCUCUUCUUCUCCAUUCAGUUGUUUUGUCUUGUGGCUGUUCUCAGAGCUCUGAAGCAGUCAGGACCAGGACAGAGAGGAAGACAGAGAGAGGAGGAACACAACAUGAAGAGAAGAGUGUUUUAUCUCAUUCUAGUAACUACUGCAAGCAUGGCUAUCAUAUAUGGCCCAUAUAUAAUCAUAGGAUUCUUUACAAUUAUGAUAAAUGAGUUCAUGCAUCCACUUUGGUUUAUUGCUUUUAUUUGUUAUAUACUGUCUGGUUUUGUGGACCCUGUUCUUUAUCUGCACCGUACAGGAAAACUCUCCUGUCUCCGUUUGCCAUAAUAUUUUCAACUGUCAUUUUUAGGUAGAUUAAUAUAGUUAAUGUAGAUAUAGAUUCAGCUUUUGUGUCUUUGCAGUUUAAAGUGGCUCAGA